CAGCAUCACUUGUGAGAUCAGGCAAGAGAGAGUCAAAACUAAAACGCGCCAGCUGAAAUGCGUACUGUACACGAGAGGCUUAGAUAGAACAUUUUAAUUUCUUCUUUCUUUCUCCCCCCACCCCAAUAGAAAACAGAGGGGAAAAGGAGAGGAAAAACUGUCUUAAAAUUACGGGAUCCUUUAAGGAGCGAUGGAUUACUUCAGAAGACCACCAUUCAUACACCUCGCGCUGUGCAUCUCAAUAGUAACCAACAUCAGUCAUGCUCUGAUGGACUCCACUUUCCUGUCAGAAUUCUUUCCUCAUCACUGGAAUCCAGGAGAAGCAGACAGAGCUCCCACCCAAGCUAUUUCCUGUGACUUUGAGUCACCUUGCUCCUGGACCUUGUCCAAUCACAGCACAGGGGGAGAUUGGCUUGUCACAUUGCCACAGCAGGCUCAGCCCAGUCGGCAGAUCACACAGCCAGCCACUGAUCACUCCACAGGUGGUACUGAUGGUCACUUCCUACUCCUGACAGCUGCAGCACAGGCUGCUGGGAUAUGUGAAUUCUCCUUGACAAGCCCUGUAUUGCCAAACAGUGCCCCAAGAUGCCGGCUGCAGCUGGCACGGUACCAGUCUGAACCAAGCCAGGGGGACUUAUCAGUCCAGGUCACAGCAGUAGGCACCAAUGUGGUAACAAGAUCAACAGCUCACAGUGACCGGGAGCAGGAAAACAGCAGGGCCCAGUGGGAGGCGCUGGUUGCCGAGAUUGGUCAGGUAGAUCAGCCCUUUCAGGUCACCCUCUUGUACUCCAUAUGUGGCCAUGGAACUGGGGGCACACUAGCUAUCGACUCCCUGGAGCUCAAGGACUGUGUCAUAGGUGCUCGCCGGCCGGAGGCCAGCUGUGUGGAGGGCACGUCUUUCCAAUGUGACGUGGGGGGAUGCAUCGACAAGAGCAAAGUGUGCGACUUCCACAAAGACUGCCCCCUAGGGGAAGACGAGGCAGCUAUCUGUGACUCCCUGCCCCCUGGAGCCUACUGUUCAUUCGAGUCUGGGCCUUGUGGCUGGUCUGUGUCCAGUGAGCCCUCCUCCUGGAUGCUGAUCAGUGGGAAGGAUCUCUCCGCUAGCUCAGGUCUCCUAGGAUCCACUCUGCAGAACACUGAAGGCCACUUCCUGUUCAUGAGAGUAGGUGAUAACUCCACUGGUGGAAGUGCUGUGACUCAGAGCCCCUUCCUUCCACCUACAGCUGCCACUGGGGAGUGCCAGGUGCAGUUCUCCCUCUACCUGUACGGGGAGUACAAUGGCACAGUGCUGCUCUCAGUGGAGGAAAACGGUACAACAGGAGCAUCCCCCCUGGUGUGGGAGAGAACAGGCAGCUGGAAGGACAGCUGGCUGGAGGUCACUCUGCAGCUCUCUGACAUUCUGAAUGGGUUUCACCUGAGCCUGAAGGCCAUUUGGAGGCCAGGUUCGACUGCAGAUAUUGCUGUGGACAGCAUAACUCUGGGACCUUCCUGCUUUGACAUAGAUCCAACUACUAUGUUCCAGAGGCACAGGCUCCUACAGGAGAUGGAUGCAAUCAAUGACCUGGACUUCUUUGGUCCUCUUCCUGAGCCCUCUGCAACAGAAGUGUCCUCCAUGUCAUGGUGGUUUACUUCCUGUGGUGCCAGUGGCCCCCGGGGGCCCACACAGGCUCAAUGCGACAGUGCCUACCGCAACACCAACGUCAGCAUCACUGUGGGCAAGGACGGGCCACUGAAGGGUGUGCAGAUGUGGAGGGUGCCAGCUACAAACCGAUACCUGAUCUCUGCCUAUGGUGCGGCAGGGGGAAAGGGAGCCAAGAACCACAACAAGCGCUCGCACGGGGUCUUCAUCUCCGCUGUCUUCCCCCUGGAGAAGGGUGACAUCCUGUACAUUCUGGUGGGACAGCAAGGAGAGGACGCCUGUCCAGCGCGGAAUCCUCUGACCCAGCAGGUGUGUCUGGGGGAGUCGUCCGUGAUUGAAGAUGACCAUUUCAGUGGGGGCAGCACUGUGCGGGAAUGGGCAGGAGGAGGGGGUGGAGGCGGUGGGGCAACAUAUAUAUUUAAGAUGGAGAACGGCGAACACGUCCCCCUGCUCAUUGCAGCUGGGGGGGGAGGCAAGGCCUACAUGGAGGACCCUGAGAGCAGCCUGGACCACAUCCCCCUGGAGCAGUAUGAAAAUGACACGACGACAUCUGGAGCCAAUGGCAGAACCUCUGUCGCAGGUGGAGGCGGAGGCUGGAAGGAUGUGACCAAAUACUUGUGGGGUGGCAGGUCUCUCCUGGAAGGAGCUGAAGGGGGAUCAUCAUGCCCCCAGGCCCUCUCAAAACUGGCCUGGGCAACUUUUGGGGGGUUUGGAGGUGGAGGAGGUGCCUGUACUGCCGGAGGGGGUGGUGGUGGAUAUAGAGGAGGCGAUGCUGCUCCUACUGAUGACAUCACGGCAGAUGGCCAGGACGGAAUUUCGUUUGUGAACCCCAUUGGAGAGAUGUACCUCCAGCCUCUGGCAGCGAUGGAGAGUCAUGGUGAAGCAGAGAUCAAGGUGCAGCUGAACUGCAGCCAUUGCCAGUCGGAGAGCUGCAAACGGGAUGAAGACACCAAGCUUAUUCUGUGCCUCUGUCACAAUGAUGAAGUGCUAGCCAGUGACAACGUCACCUGCACAGCUCCACGAGGGCCUGCCCCAGAGGGACAUCUCUCCCUGCCCCUCAUCCUGGUUGUGGUGGUAUCCACUGUGGUGACGGGUAUCGUCUUGGCCUGUGCCAGCCUCACGCUCAUUUACUACCGCAAGAAGACCCAGCUGCAGGCAGUGCGCGUGCGCCUGCAGAGCCCCGAAUACAAGCUCAGCAAGAUCCGUGCAUCCACCAUCAUGACCGACUACAACCCCAACUACUGCUUCGCCGGCAAGGCCGCGUCCCUCAGCGACCUGAAGGAGGUGCCGCGCAAGAACAUCUCUCUGCUCAGAGCUCUGGGACAUGGUGCAUUUGGAGAAGUGUAUGAGGGUCAGGUCUUGGGUAUUGCUGGGGAGAGUGGACCCCUGCAGGUUGCUGUCAAGACUCUACCUGAGAUCUGUUCAGAACAGGAUGAGAUGGACUUCCUGAUGGAGGCUCUGAUAAUGAGUAAGUUCAACCACCAGAACAUCGUUCGCUGCAUUGGUGUUAGUCUGCAGACAUUGCCUCGUUUCAUCCUGCUGGAGCUCAUGACUGGAGGAGACAUGAAGACCUUCCUGAGACAGAACCGCCCCAAGUCGGGCCAGCAGUCCUCACUCACCAUGCUGGAGCUUCUACACAUGGCCAGAGAUAUCGCCUAUGGUUGCCGAUACCUGGAAGAGAACCACUUCAUACACCGCGACAUCGCUGCUCGCAAUUGUCUGCUUACCUGCACAGGCCCGGGCAGAGUGGCCAAAAUUGGGGACUUUGGAAUGGCCCGCGAUAUAUACAGAGCCAGUUACUACAGGAAGGGGGGUCGAGCCAUGUUGCCUGUAAAGUGGAUGCCCCCAGAAGCCUUUUUAGAGGGAGUUUUCACCUGCAAGACAGACACGUGGUCAUUUGGGGUACUGCUAUGGGAGAUAUUCUCUCUCGGGUACAUGCCAUACCCCUGCAAGACCAAUCAAGAGGUGCUGGAGUUUGUCACGAGUGGUGGCAGGAUGGAUCCUCCAAAGAGCUGCCCUGGGCCUGUGUAUCGGAUCAUGACUCAGUGUUGGCAACACUGCCCUGAGCACAGACCCAACUUCUCCACAAUCUUAGAAAGGAUCAACUACUGUACUCAGGACCCUGAUGUCAUCAACACUCCUUUGCCUGUGGAGUAUGGGCCGCCACCAGAAGAAGAAGGCAGCACGGUGAUGCGCCCUGAGGGAUCAGGGAGUAUGACCCCCCUGCUGGUAACUCCCUCACUGUCCCCAGACCCCUCACCGCGACAAAACCAUGUGGCACAGCUGACCCAGGCUCAUAAGCCACUCUCGUUACUACACCGUCCCCUUCAGAGACAACAGGAGCUUGUGGUGCCCAGGGAACUGCUGGGAGGAGGAGGCUGGGUGGAGCCCAGCCCAGCCCAGGGGCUCUCUCCUGGAGCUUGGCUCCACCCAGACUCUAUCACCUCUCCAGCCGGCUCUGCCUCGGGGAACCAGAAACUGAAGAACAAGACCAAGAAUUUGUGGAACCCCACCUACGGCUCUUGGGUUCUGGAGAGCUUAGGCCGCGGGAAAGCAGCCCCCCCGCCGUCCCAGCCUCCCCCCGCUGCAGCAGCUGGACCUGCGUUGCCGGCCCCAGAGAGGGAUGAUUCGGGCUUCGACGGGAAUGGCAGCUCCUCUGCACCCAGCUCCAGGGCUUCCCCUUCCUCCCCCUCGCCCGCGAGCCCCCAGAGCUCGGGUCCGUCUUUCCGCAAGGGCGCGGGGGGCUCGUCGGGGGUGGCAGGGGUGGAUCUGGCCAAGCUUCAGAGCUUCCCCUGCGGAAAUGUCAACUACGCCUAUGACGACCAAAGCUACGAGGCUGAGAGCCUCCCGCUGGUGGUGCCAAGGGGACCGGAGCUCAAUACUAGCGCUGCGGCGUUCAGCAAUGCCAGCUCCGCCGCUGGCGCUGGCAAACCGCCGGUGCAGCGCCAGGCCAGCUGCGGCCCGGAGGACGUCCAGCUCCUGAGCAAGCCCGAGAAACCCAUCCGAGACAGAGAUUCGGGCUUCUCUCUGUCAGAGGACCUAAGCGUGACACCAGUUUGACCACCAAGCCCCUCACCUCACUGCUGAAAACACUGACACUGGAACCACACCCUGGAGUACCUAGAGUGCGGCUUGGCCAUCUCACAGGAGAUGGCAGCCGUGAUUUUGACCUUUUCCUUUUAUUUCCUUUGGUACUGUUACUGUUAUAUAAAUGCUUCUAGUUACAUACAGUACCACACUGUAUGUUCACCUGCUGGUUUUGAAAAGCUGUAAUGAAGCAUAAAAUUAAAGCGAAAGAGGAAGUGAAGAUCACCAAAAUGCACGAUCCUUCACGGAGACGUUUUUGUAUACUUCAUUUAGUGCAUUUCUUUAACCUUCAAGUCACUUUCUAAUUUCCAAGCUGUCUGCUGUGAUCCAAGUCCAGAAAGCCCCUCAACAGAAGGAACCUCUGACGAGCUUCGUUUGAGAAUCUCAUUUCUCAACCGGCAUCUUUUUAGUUGACCAAGUGUGGCACUCAUCCCUUGAGGCCUGUCCAUCAUUUUUGUCUUUCCUGCAUCUCAAACCUGUAAUCGCUGAGAUUAAACACUUUUUCGAAUAAAUGGAAAGUCAGAACCCAUUUAAGGGUGACCAGGCACUGAUGCACAGAGGACAGUUUUUCCCAUUGAGAAGCGAAGGCUCUUGUCCCAUCAUUAACCUUUUCAGGGACUGAAAGCAACCCUGUCUUGUGAUGCUACCGUUUUCUCCUCCAUCUUCCUGGUGGGGCUUUGGUUCUUUUAGUCAUUGCAAGUUUGUAUAGAAAGAAUCAAAUGAAACUGGCUCUGGUGUGAUAAUAUCACUGAUGUGGCGCAUUGAUCACAAGAGAAGCAGGCAUGUCCUUUAAAUAAGACUGCAAAGGGUCCUCAUGGCAAACUGUGAAGAUGUGGUUUAAUAUUAUUUAAUUUUCAGCUAACCUUAAACUCUCAUGCUCUUUCGUUUACUUAAACAACGUUUAAGAAUGUUUUCCCCAAACCACCUUGAAUUGGGACUUCCCUGUCCCAUCUCUGUUUUACGCAAAGAGAGGAGUUCUUGCAUGUAGCUCAUCUUUUGUGUUCUUGUGCAGGAGAAAUGCAAAUUAGUUAACAUUACAAUGUUUAGUCCUGUGUCAUGUCAACAUGUACUCAAGUGAAGAUAAAUAAGUUGUGCUGGAUGUGAACUGGAAAGCCACCAGGGACAAUACGUGUCACUGUUAAAUGUGCAAUUAUCCUUUUAUUUUGUAAUACUAUAUUAUUUAUCAGUGCUUUUCAAGAAACCCAAGACACUGCAUUGCACUGAAAUGUGUGUAAGACUGAAUGUCAGACUACACAUUCAGCAGAGUAGCUUAACCUGCUUUUUAAACACAAAUGAGGAUGUAUGACUACUUAUUUAUAGUAACAAACUGAGACCAAGAUGUGUUUAAGAGUUUGUGGAGUCAAUAGGAAGUAAUUUGUCUGCUACUGUACAUUUGGUAAUGGUGCAUUUACAUGUGUUCUGGAAUCGUUUUCACUAAUUCUGGUUUCGCAUUCUUCAUUCUUCAGGAAUGGUCCAUUUAAACUUAAUCCCUGAGUGUGUUGAAAUAUUGAAAACAUGAAAAUAUUACACUAAAGAACUGCCAAAUCUGGUGUGAAUGACAAUCGCAUCGCAAAGUUCAUAGCAAAAAACACUGGCAUAAUGAAAAUGCCAUUUUAUCUUGAUGGUACAACUGAAGGUCAGCACUGCUUUCUUGUUUGUGUUCCUUCAAAUUCACAGGCCAGAAUGCAUUAUGGGAAGACAGCAAUGACAUUCCAUUUCUGGUUGGGAUUGAAAGUUUUUUUUAUUUUAAUUUGUGGUAAAUACCCUUUAUGAUUGAAAUACCUUGUACAUUAUGUGUGAAAAUUGUGUUACUAGUAUCUUUACUUUAAAAAUGUUUUUACGGUAAGUUCUUCUUCUCUAGAUUCUCUGUCUCAGUAGGCCAAAGUAUAGUACUUGCAAAUUCAGAUAAAAGUACUGCUAACAGUUGUGAUUCGCCAAGUGUUCCUGUUUGAUCUGGGCUGUUCCUUAAGCAUUCAGUGUUAUUAAUACCUUACUUAAUUCUGGGAAAAUCUUAAAUUAGCCAUGUUUGUUUUCCACAGUGACACAACAACAUAAGCAGUAAAUGAUUAGAUUGAAAACUGAUUAUAAUAACUUAACGCCAGCUGUCAAAUCCUUACCUAGAACAUGCAAGUUUGAAUUCCCAGAAGAAACUAAGCUGAGUCCUGAUUGAAUGCAGGCCAGAGUUUUACUGCCAAGGUUUUUUUUUGUACGUCCAGAGUUUUAUGUUCAUUACAAACCUAAAUAUUACUAUUUAAAAGCAAUAUAUUCAGGGAUUUUAAUUAUUUUUCUCUCUUAGACUUAUAGUAUGGAUACAUAACUUGACAGUGCAUUGUAAAUCCAUAGCAUAAUUAACUAGUAAUUUUAUUUAAAUCUACGGGUAUUUGGGGGGUUUUAGUAAGGAAACUCUUGUUAGUGUGACUUGUGACUUUCUGUAUUUCACAUUCUUAUCUCUAAAAGAAUUUUACAAAUUUUACAGGCUUCUUUUAAACAGUGCGUUUGUGCCAAAUACAGUACAUAUUUAUUUAAAUUAUAUUCUAUAAAACUACAAAUACAUAGUGAAGAAGGCAGAUUUAGAACAGCUGAGAAUUAAACAUUUGAUAUAGACAUAAGUCUAUCAAUAAAAAAUUUAAGAUAUAAAUUAUUGUUGGAAGAUUAUGGGUUGAAAUCCCAGGUGAGACACUGCUGUUUUAUCCUUGAGCUACUGUAGGUUCUUCACCUUAGUUGCUCAACUAAAAUACCCAGCUGUAUAAAUAUGUGCGACUAAAAUUUUAUUUGGAUAAAAGUCUCAGAUAGAAUAAAUUAGUAAUAACUGUGUUUUGCUAUAGAUUUAUUUUUAAGUAUGUCUUUGUAUGUGGUACUUUUGGUGAUAAUGUUUCAUUAGUUUUCACAAAGAAUUGUAUGUUCUAGCUUGCAUUACCUAAAUUAGGCAGGAGGGGGCAGCCUUUACAACUGGAAUAAGACCUACUGCGCCGUUGGUAGACUUCCAAAUAACACUGUAAUUGAUGAUUUUAUUUCAUUUGUGCAAGAUGAAAAGUUUUUAAGCUCUUGUGAUGCAAAUGUAGUCUGCUAGGAAACCAGGCACCUUUUAACACAUCAUUUAUCUUAGGAUGUUUAUGAAAGUCAGUGCUUUGUUAAACUAGAAUAGCUUUCAGAAAAGACUGUGUCCAUACGGGCAAUCCUUACUGAAGUCAAUAGCACCAGUUUUUCAUGCACUACAUCUGUAAAAUAGAUUAAUUUCUUUUUCUGCGACAAUCACACAGCAUUCCUCUAGGGCACGUUUCAGAAAGCAGGUAUAGAGAUUUUCAAAUAAGGGAGGCUUGCAUGGUAAAAGAUGUUGAACUGCUCGUGGUGAGAGAGACAGAUAAAAUGUGGCCUUGUACGUGGUGAAAGUAUUUUAGUAUAAUUCCUAUCGUUGCAAAUGAUUCUAGGUUUACUGCUCAGAAAGCCGCUGAGGAUAUAAAGGAAAAAUGAAAAUGCUUUACUCUAAAUGGUAGUCAAUAAUUCUUUAAUAACAGAAUUUUGAGAUGUGACAUUAGAUGUGAUUUACAGUAUACAUUUCAUUUCAAAACUCUUGGCUUAUAGCCAAAUGAACUUCAUGUCCCCUGCUACCAUUCAUCACCUGAGGACAAAUACAGUAUAUUUACUUUUUUUAUGUGUUGCUUCUGACACUUCAAUCAAAACUUCAGAUAUUUCCUGCUUGAUGCUAGUGAUAGUGUCCUUCGAAGACGUACAGUAUCUAAGGGAAAGCAGUGUUUGAAUAACACUGCUGAUGGCAUAUGAGUCCCACUGUGAAUUGAUUCAAGUCCUGUUGGAUAACUGAAACAUUAUGUAAUAAGUCUUGCAAUGAAGAGAGAUUUCACUUUCUCUUUUUAUCGCACUUCUCUACAAUGUAGAAAAUCAAGCCACGGUCUUUGCUAGGUGAAGCAGUAUAAGAUCAUGCGUGUUUACAUAGGGUUUAGUUUUGUCACUCCAUUUCAUCAAGUCCUUUGAGCCUCCUUGACAUCACAAGCCUGUGGCAAAGAGACUUGAAAAUUAUGCACAGCAGACCCUUUCUUACUAUCCCAGACUACUGGGACCGAAUGUAUAAGCUCUACGCAUUUUAUGUUGUCUUUUGUCUCCAACCCUGGUCCUGGAAAACCCCAAUUCUGUUAGUGUUGUUGUCCACCUGUUUUUAAAGAUUGGCAACAUCUGUAAGCUAUUGAUGAAUCAAGCAAGUAAUCUGCUCAGUGACAAGGAUUUAAGGUUUUAGUCCUUAAUGAUCGCUAUAUUACCUAUUUUAACACAUCAGUGGUAUAAUUGAUCACAAUGGAAUUGUUGCACAUCUUUAGAAACUGGUGACUUAAUGCUAAUCUGAAACACCUGCCAUACUGGGGCAUUUGAGGACCAGGGUUGUAGAUCCUCGAUUUUUUUAAAAUAAUUUUGGUAGUGCUCUUUUAAAAUAUCCCUGAUAAAUUGACAAAGCUUUUUAGCCUCACUUGUACAUCAUAAAGUAUAAAAUGUUACAAAUGUAAGGAAACAAAAUGGCUUUACUCUAUGCAAUUUUAAAAUACAAUAACUGUAUUCUUCUAUAUUUGCAACAUAAAUAAAAAGGCAUUGCUGUACCUGUUUGUAGUUGUGUAUUCUCAUUUCUUAAUGGCUGCUAAAAUGACUGGAUGAGAUUAUUUUUAAAUGAUUUUUGUGUGUUGUGCAAAUGUUAUUGGAUUGAAUCACUCAUUUUAAUUUAAAACUGGUGAGUGCAGGAUACAUUCUUUAAAGAAAUGCUAGAUUUGCUUCUGUUAAACAAUCGUUGGAAUGUGUUUUUGGAAGAAUGCUUGAGUGUCAAAGUGGACUUUGACCCUGUUUCUGUGUAAAGGAUCAGUUCAAUGUUAUCUAAGCACUGGAACAACCAGCCCAUCUCAUGUGUGAAACAUCCAGGAGAAGGAAGAAAAGAUGAGACCACAGAAUGCUAGAUGGUUUCUUUUAUUGGAAAAUGUUAAAAACAAAAUCAACCAGUAGAGCAAAUUUACAGAGCAGUUUGGUAAAUCUAUGUAGUAGUGUUUCUGUGUGCAGUACUGUUGAAUAUACAGUAGUCACUCAUAAAUAAAGGCUUCCUUUGCCCUAGCGGCUCCAAAGACUAGUACCAAAAUUAAAGACACUGGGUGAAAUUGACACAACCGCCUUGAGGAUUAAACAUUUUUUUAGUUUCUCUAAUUGGGUUAUGGGACCACAAAAAUAAUCUGCAACGUCCGUAGACAUUAAACAAAAAAAAAACGGAGAAUUCCACUUCACUAUUAUUGUGAAAUGUCAAUGCUUUUUCUUGUACGGAUUCUCAUAAAUUCCACCUUCCUUACUGAAUAUUGUAUAUGUGCUCUGCCUGAUUUUAUGCUCUGCACGGGAUUUAAUUUUUCACAUCGAAUAACUUUUCCACUAAAAACCGCUUGUAUGAAUUGGUAGGGAAUGAGAAAUGAACGCUACUCUUUCACAUAAAAAAAUAAAACUGCAUUAUAAAGGUUUAAGACCAAAAAUACUUUUUAUGUAAAUACUGUAUACAUAUCUGUUUAUAUAUCCCAAAAUGUAUUUUAUAUACUUGAAAAUAUAUAUAUAUAUCCUGUCCUAGCUCUUAUAAUUUGUAAUUCUUUAUAUCUAUUGAGUGAUAAGAUUCAAAUUAGUGAAUGUGAAAAGACAUAUUUUUGGUACAAUAAAGGUUACUAAUACUUCCAAGUAACAGGUUUUGUCAACCACACCCAGUGACUAGGAAUACAUAAUGUCCUUUAAAGUACUAUAUAGCAAGUACAGGUAGUAUAUAUUGUACAAAAAAAUCAGUUUUGUAAAGCAAACCAAUAAAUGCAAGUUAUGUAUGUAUGAUUAUAUAUGAUUAACUUGUGCUUUUUUUGGAACUACAGCUCUUCUCAGAUGUCUUGUGCUGUUGCCUAAAUGAAAACCAACCUGCUUGCCAGAGAGAUGAAUAAUUGGUGUGAAAAGAAAUUGCACAUUAAUCACAGAAUAAAAAGAUGGGAUUCUAUGGUAACGUUUGAACCUUCCACAGCCACUCAAAAUAAACAUAUCUGACAUUUAUUUUUUCAUAUUACCUGCUUUUUUAUAACAACUAAGCAAAUGACAUUAGUAAAAAGUACAAAAUGAAUUAACCCAAAAUAAGUCUUUGGUUUUUGGAGGCCGUAUGAUUAGUUUGAUGGUCAAAUGUACAGGUUAGUGUUCUGUUUUGUAAACAUUAUCAAAGUUUUUUUUUGUUUAUAAAUGUGUUUUUAAUGUAAUAAAGCAAAGCAUACAACUACAUCUUAU